AAAUAUUGUGAAGUACAAUUUCGCGUUAGUUAGGGACUAAACAGUUUGUGAAUGACAAGUUUUAUUCAAUAUGUCUGUCAAUGACAAGGAAGAUGCUAAUAACAACAUCCAUGAAGAAAAACAAAAUGGUGUGAUUGGCGAGGUCCAUGAUGCUAAGAGAACGCUACUGAAAAAACAUGAACAAUUUGAAGUGGACAUGCCACAGGGAGAUGAUCAGAAACAUAGGAUAUUUACUAAAAAAUUCAUUAUCGGCAUUAUAAUGAUUUUAUGUGUAGUUGGCAUAGUUGUUGCUGUUGUCAUAUCGACAAGUGGCAGAAAUGAAAUUAAUAGUCGACUAACGGUUGCAUCAAGUACUGCCAAAACAGAAUAUUCCCGAGAAGAACUCUUAAUUAUGUGUCACCUUACAACAACAACCCAACCUCCUACAACUGAUUCCAGUUUGGUCGAAGAAUGCAGUUGGCUAUUGAAACAUGAUUAUGAAAUUUCAGAGAAUGGAAAUACGACAAAACAAUUUUUAUGCAAAACGUACCCACAUGUUUUGCCAAAGCUGUGCAGUCUAUAAAUACUCUAAAGGACCUUGUAUAUAACUGUUUAAAACGCUAUACUGGAUAAACUGGAUCGUUGCUGAAACAAUUGUACAUAUAUCGCUUAGUUUUUUUUAUUUAAUAACUGAGACAUUCCUUGCAAACUCAUAUUUUUUGUUGAAAAGAAAACAUUUCAAAACCAUUGCCAUAUCAUUGGAUAAAAACGCGAAUCUUGAAAUGCAUAAUUAUGCCAUUUUUGGUACAAUUAAUAGUGUCAGUAAUAAGGUCGAUUGAUUGAAUAACCUAUAAGAUAACUUACAUGUAUAAAGUGGUGUUAAUAUUCUUUGAUGUUGUGAAAAGUUUUGUCAAAUAUUAAUUCAUGAUAAGUAAGAAUAUUAUGAAUAUGUAACUGAAUUCAACCUAAGCACAAUAAAACAUUAUACACUACAAAGAAAAUACGAUAGUAGCAAUGCACUUGACAAUAAAUCUGAAAGGCAAUGCAUCAAGUACAUUUUUAAAAGUAUUGGUACAACUAGGCCUAUUUUGUAUAUAUGUUUAUGUAUGUAUGGAUCAAAUAAAUAUAUAUUUACAU